AUGAGAUUGUGGAUUAAUAUUGUUGAUUUCUUAUUACUGUUUCUGGUUGUGACUGUUUAUGCUGACGAACAUACUCACAAGUACAAAGAUGGCGAAGAAGUUAUUUUGUGGAUGAAUACCGUUGGACCUUACCACAACCGUCAAGAAACCUAUGAAUAUUUCAGUCUACCCUUUUGUCGUGGUAAAAAGACAACAAUUGGCCACUAUCAUGAAACAUUAGGCGAAGCCUUGCAGGGUACCGAAUUGCAAUUUAGCGGACUGGAAAUUAAUUUCAAAGGCGAGGUACAAAAAAUUAAAUUUUGUGACACAGAAGUAGAUGAAGAUGGAUAUAAUAUGCUAACAUAUGCAAUAAAGAAUCAUUACUGGUAUCAGAUGUAUUUAGAUGAUUUACCUGUUUGGGGUAUUGUUGGCUCUGUGGACGAUUCAGGGAUAGGUUACUAUAUGUGGACUCAUAAGAAAUUAGACAUUGGGUAUAAUGGUAACCAGAUUAUAUACGUAAAUUUGACCAGUGAUGUAAAAGUGAAGCUGGAAAAAGGAGUGAAAAUUCCUUUUACGUACGAGGUGAAAUGGCAUAAGUCAAACGUUAAAUUUGCUGAUCGAUUUGACAAAUACCUUGAUCCGAAAUUCUUUCAACAUAAAAUCCAUUGGUUUUCCAUUUUUAACUCGUUUAUGAUGGUUAUAUUUUUGGUUGGGCUAGUAAGUAUGAUCCUUAUGCGAACAUUACGUAAGGAUUAUGCUCGAUACAAUAAAGAUGAAGAUCUUGAUGACAUGGAACGCGACUUGGGCGAUGAAUAUGGGUGGAAACAGGUUCAUGGAGAUGUUUUUCGGCCAGUUAGUAGUUUGAUGCUAUUCUCGUCCAUAAUCGGUUGCGGUUACCAGUUAAUUCUGGUUGCUUUCUGUGUGAUAGUUGUGGCUAUAUUUGGUGACUUAUAUACAGAGCGGGGAUCACUACUAAGUACAACGAUAUUUUUUUACGCGGUUAUGUCGCCUGUUAACGGCUAUUUUGGUGGCAGUUUAUACGUUAGACAAGGAGGGAAAGAUUGGAUAAAGCAAAUGCUGUUAGCUGCAAUAUUAUUCCCAUUUUGUGUUUGUGGAAUUGCCUUCAUGAUCAACUUCGUUGCAAUCUACUAUCACGCCUCAAGAGCGAUACCUUUCCUGACAAUGGUUGCGAUUGCUUGUAUUUGUAUAUUUGUUAUUCUCCCGUUAACGUUGAUUGGAACAGUACUUGGUCGUAAUGUAUCCAGCGGAACUCAUUUCCCUUGUAGAGUGAAUGUAGUUCCUCGACCAAUUCCGGAUAAGAAAUGGUACAUGGAACCUGGAAUUAUAAUAUUCUUAGGUGGUGUGCUCCCUUUUGGAUCGAUUUUUAUUGAAAUGUAUUUUAUUUUUACAUCCUUUUGGGCGUAUAAAAUUUAUUACGUUUAUGGAUUUAUGUUGCUGGUAUUUUUAAUUCUCAUCGCGGUAACUAGUUGUGUUACUAUUGUGUGCACAUAUUUUCUAUUGAAUGCCGAAGACUAUAGAUGGCAAUGGACAAGCUUCUUAGCUGCGGCAUCGACUUCAAUUUAUGUGUAUAGCUAUUCGAUUUAUUAUUUCUUCUUUAAAACUAAGAUGUAUGGUUUCUUUCAAACUACGUUUUACUUUGGAUACAUGAUAAUUUUUAGUUUGGGACUAGGAUUGAUGUGUGGUGCAAUUGGCUUUACGUCAACGCAAGCUUUCGUUUGGAAGAUUUAUUCAACUGUAAAGAUUGAUUAA